AUGUCGACGGCCAAGGAGAUUCGCAACAAGAUAUUCAGCCAGGCCGCUGGGGGAGCAGAGGGCGCCGCUGCUCCUACUACUGAUCAAGGGCUAACUAUUGAUAUUCCCAAACCUAUCUCUGCACCCGCUGCACCAGUUCCCUUGCCCAAGACCAAUAAGCCCAAGGUCGAAGAGGAGGUCGAGAGUGAGCCCCAAGGAGAUACGCGCUCUUACCGCCAGAAGGUUCUCGAUGCUCUCGGAACUUCCUAUACCAGUGUUGAGAACUAUCGUCUGGAGCAAGAUGGGCGCAAGGAGCGUCAUUGGAAACGUUGGGGACCGUAUCUUGCCGAAAGGCAGUGGGCCACUGUUCGUGAGGAUUAUUCUGGGAAUGGAGAUGCUUGGGCCAACUUUCCUCACUCUGCCGCUCGUUCUCGCGCCUACCGUUGGGGCGAAGAUGGAAUAGGCGGUGUCUCUGACAACCACCAGCGCUUGUGCUUUGCCCUUGCCCUCUGGAAUGGUGAAGACCCCUUCCUCAAAGAACGCUUGUUUGGUGUGACCGGUCCUGAGGGAAACCAUGGUGAAGACUGCAAGGAGCUUUACUACUAUUUGGAUUCUACGCCAACGCAUUCUUACAUGAAGUUCCUGUACAAAUAUCCUCAACGCCGAUUCCCAUACGAAGAGCUCGUCCGCGAGAGCGUCAGCCGCGGUCGCGAUGUCCCCGAGUUCGAGAUUCAUCAUACUGAGGCGUUCGAGGAUGAUCGAUACUGGGACGUAUUCAUCGAGUACGCUAAAGAUGCAGACGACCCUGAAGCUAUGUCUAUCCGUAUCACGGCUUACAAUCGCGGGCCAGAGCCGGCUGACCUGCAUAUCAUUCCUCAACUUUGGUUCCCUAAUACCUGGUCCUGGACUCAUAAUCCUCCUCCACGCCCACAACUGAAGCUCAUCGCUCCAGGUACUGUUCAAGUAACCAACGAGAAACUUUCAACCCCCCCGUACAUGUAUUGCAUCCCUUCUCCUCCCCCAGUUGGUCCUAUUGCAGAGGGCGAAGAUGUUGUCGAGGUCGAAGGUGAUGGAGUUACUCCAAACAUGCUUUUUACCGAGAACGAUACAAACUACGAGCGUCUGUAUGGAGGCAAGAACUCCAGCCCAUAUGUUAAGGAUGCAUUCCACGACCAUAUCGUCCCCGAGCAUCGCCCCCUUAUCGACGACGACACUGGCACUGAGAAGAGAGAAACCGAGAUCCUUGCGGAAAAGGGCAAGACAGAGGAAGCGAUCAGAAAGUCACCGGUCACGCCCACUGUACGAGCACCUCCUCGCCCCUGGGAUGAGCAAAGGGGUGAUCGGCCAUUUGUUAACCCGAAAAAUGAGGGUACUAAAUGCGGGGCGCAAUACGUUUUCAAGGCGGUCCCUCCCCGUGGAGGUUGUGCCGUAGUUCGUCUCAAACUUACCCCUCACACCCCAAACAAGGAUCCGUCGAUAUGGGAUGAAGAGUUAUUUGACGACACUAUAGACGAGCGUCGCCAGGAUGCAGAUGAAUUCUACGCCCGGCUUUCCACUGGGUCCGGAGGUGUCACAGAUGAUUUGAGGGCGAUUAUGCGUCAAGCUUUGGCAGGAAUGAUGUGGAGCAAGCAGUUCUACCAGUUUAUUCACAAGGAAUGGAUGGAAGGUGACCCCGCUCAGCCUCCUCCACCUCCGGAACGCAAGUGGGUCAGGAAUAGGGAGUGGAGACACUUGCAUAUUGCCGAUGUUCUUUCAAUGCCUGAUAAGUGGGAAUACCCCUUCUUUGCCGCGUGGGACACUGCUUUCCAUUGUAUCCCAUUGGCGAUGGUAGACCCAGCAUUCGCGAAGAAGCAGCUUGAUUUGCUUACUCGAGAGUGGUAUAUGAAACCUGAUGGUGCAUUACCUGCCUACGAAUGGAACUUUUCCGAUGUAAACCCUCCGGUACACGCUUGGGCAACUUUCCGUGUCUUCAAGAUCGAGCGAAAACUGACAGGAAACGAGGACGUCCCAUGCGGGGGACACAACGUGUUUGAAGGAGGAUUUUUGGGGCUCGAUAACAUUGGUGCUUUCAACCGGAGUGAACCCCUGCCGACCGGAGGUGUACUCCGUCAAGCAGACGGAACAGCCUGGAUGGCUUUCUAUUGUUUGAACAUGCUGAAUAUGGCACUUGAGCUUGCCAAGCAUAAUAGCGUGUACGAGGAUAUUGCAAGCAAGUUCUUCGAGCAUUUCAUCUUUAUCGCCGAUGCCAUGACUUACCGCCAAGGUGAUAACGAAUUAUCCCUUUGGAACGAGGAGGAGGGCUUCUACUUUGAUGCCAUUCAAUGGGGCGAAUCUCACUCUCAACAAAUGCCCAUCCGUUCACUUGUCGGAUUGAUUCCGUUGUACGCAACGCUCGUCUUGGAACCAAGUGUGAUCAAUAGGUUCCCUGGGUUCAAGAAACGUAUGGAAUGGUUUAUUGACAAUCGACCGGAGAUUUCAGCACGUAACAUGGCAAACAUGAAAGCUCGCGGAAGGGGUGAGCGUAGGCUCUUGGCGCUCACGAACAAGGACCGUCUGGUGAGAAUUCUAGAGAAGAUGCUUGAUGAGUCCGAGUUCUUCAGCGACUACGGAAUUCGAUCGAUGUCGCUUUACCACAAGGACCACCCAUGGUCGAUCAACGUGAAGGGCCAAGAUUUCGGUGUUGAAUACUGGCCUGGUGAUUCCAGAUCUGGUAUGUUCGGUGGUAACUCCAACUGGCGUGGCCCUAUUUGGCUUGCUGUAAACUUCCUGCUGGUCGAGUCCCUUCAACGAUUCCACCAAUACUACGGGAACGAUCUCCAGGUUGAAUGCCCUACCGGAAGUGGCGAUUAUAUGGAUCUGGCCAAGGUCGCCGACGAAAUUCAGCAUCGGCUCAUUCAUAUCUUUGGAAGAGAUAUGGAGGGUCGUCGCGCGACCAACGGCGGAGACGAGAAACUCGAUCGCGACCCUCACUUCCGCGAUUAUGUUCUCUUCCACGAGUUCUUCCAUGGUGAUGAUGGUCGUGGGUUAGGAGCGUCUCAUCAGACAGGAUGGACCGGACUGGUCGCGUUUUCUAUUAUGCAAAGUGGUUUGUCCUGCAGAUUACCUCGCACUCCAAAGACACCUCGCAGCGUGGCACGCCACUACUUCGAUGAACAUAUCGAUACCGUCUCUGAAGCAGGUGAUGCCCCCUUCUCCGCUUACAGCGCUAUCGACCGCAACACGUUUGGCGACGUUUCUCCCGAUGCGCUCUAG